AUGUUGCUGAAAUGGAUCGUUUUAAUGGUCUCUGUUACAUUUGCUCAGCAGGAAGAAUUUCUCGAUGAUGGCAACAAUUUUGCGGGAUUUUAUAUUGACUUCAACCAGAGACCAGAACUUAAAACGCCGAUAUUCAAUGUGACCAUUCAUGAUGCCUCCAGCGUAACACCGGGAUAUUGGUUUGUGGCUCCAUACGCUUCGCUAGGCUUUGGAAAUAGAGUGAAAAGGCUGGAUUAUUGCCAAGUUGGUCCACAGAUAUUUGACAAUAAUGGGGAGCUUGUCUGGAGUGGCGCUUGCGAAUUUGAAAAUCGCAACGUAUUUGAUUUCAAGGUCCUUGAUUAUAACGAUCCUUCGCGAUUAUCGUUCAUCUUUGGAUCGACUUCCCAAGGACAUCUUGAUGCUAAAGGAAAGGGAAUCAUUAUGGAUAACUCGUACACAAUCCAGAACGAAAUUCUGGCGAAAAGAUGGGUUUCCUCUUUCAACAUGCAUGAAUUCAAUGUUAUUGAGGGAGGCAAGUGUGCACUGCUAAUUACCAAUGUACCACAGCUCCACGAUAUAUCCGCGCUGAAGUUGGAGCCGCAGUCUGGAUGGGUUAGUAAUAAUGGAUUUCAAGAUAUCGAUAUUGCCACCGGCAAUGUCAAUUUCGAAUGGAAUACCCUGGACCAUAUUCCAAUUACGGAGAGCACGGUGGCUGUGCGCCAAAUGCCUGGGGAGUAUGCUAUGAGUUGGGAUUAUAUUCAUUUAAAUUCCGUGGACAAAAAUAGUGACGGCGAUUACCUCGUCUCAGCUCGAUACACUAAUACAAUCUACAAAGUAUCGGGCCGAGAUGGCUCAAUUAUUUGGCGUUUGGGAGGUGUAAAAUCUUCCUUCGUUUUAGAGGGAUUCAAUUUCUCGUCUCAGCAUGAUGCCCGAUUCCGACAAGAAAACAGCACCACUACUGUAAUUUCGUUCUUGAAUAAUGCUUCAGAUGGUGAUAACAGCACAUCGUCGUAUUCCUCAGGCUUGCUUGUCGCACUUCAGACUUCGACCACUCCAAUGACCGCCUACGUUAUAAAACGAUGGGACCGACCAGACCGACAACUAUCUCCGUUAAGAGGCAAUGUUCAAGUUCUGCCCAAUGAUAACGUGUUUAUCGGAUGGAGUGUACAAGGAUACCUAAGCGAGUUUGCCCCGGAUGGACGCUGUGUACUGGAGGCAAAGUUCUCAUCGAUCAAAUUUGUUCCUUCAACUUACCGAGCAUACAAGUACAACUUCACAGGCAUUCCUACUGAGCUUCCCGUUUCAAAAGCUUUUGUCUAUGGGACGACUGCUGACACUGUUACGAGUGUCUUCUAUGUCAGCUGGAAUGGUGCCACUGAGGUUGCAUAUUGGAACUUUUACGGGAACAACACCUCUUCACCGGACUUCUCACUUGUGGGAACUGCAAAGAAAUCUGGGUUUGAGACUAGUCAUAUGGGUUCUGGAUUUUCACAAUUCAUUUAUGCAGAAGCAUUGAAUAGUACUGGACAUGUACUAGGUAGAUCUUUGGCGGUGCCAACAAUUGUUCCACCCUCCUGGAGGUCUCUGUCUUGUCAAGAUGGGGAUUGUCAUAUUGAUACAACUGCUGCUCGCUGGAAAAUGAAAAUUUCGGGUUGGCACGAGAAAAUCUAUGUUCAUGAUGGCCUUGCGUCUUAUAUACUACUUCGGUGUUUAGAGUAUAUGUAUUCAAUCCUAGCAGAAAAUUAG